UCAAGAUGGCAACAUUAAUUCGGUUGGUUUUAGUUUUACUAGCUAUAACCUUUUCAGCAUUUGCCACAACAUCUGAGGUCGAACACAAGGUAGUGAUAGUUGGAGCGGGCAUCUCGGGGUUUGCAGCAGCAACAACCCUUUUGAAAAACAACUUUACCGACUUUGUUGUUUUGGAGGCAUCAGACAGGAUUGGCGGCAGGAUUAACACUGUCCAGUUCGGAGGUGUACCUGUAGACAAGGGUGCGGAGUUUGUCCAUGGUCAGGAGGACAACAUCGUCUACGACCUGGUGAAGCCCUACGGUCUGUUAGCCUCGUACGCUCCGCUCGUUAAGUCAGGGAAGCACAUCUUUGCUGACGUCACAGGUCGUCAGUACAACAACACUCUGGUAUAUUCGCUGGUGGAAGAGGCUCGUGAAAUUCUCUACCAGGACUACAGUGAGCACAAUAGCUCAGACGGUUCUGUAGCUGGCUUCUUCUAUCCCAGGCUGCAGGAGCUGGUGACAGCAAGUGAAGUAGACGCUGAGCUAUGGGAGGCUGUCAAUCACACAGUGACCACCAAUGAGAUGGUGUACAGCGCUGCAGACAGCCUUGAACAGUUAGGGGUGCGAGGGGAGGGGGAGUAUGUGGAGAAUGGAGGUGAUCAGACUCUGAAGUGGACCUCCCGUGGGUACAAGACCAUCUUUGAGAUACUGUCGAAAAAGUUUCCCAACGUCUCCGAGGAGCUGCCCAUCAUGGAGAAGGUUCUGUUCGGCAAAGGAGGUGCAGGGGGUGGACUAUGGUCAGGGGGAGGGGAAGGUAGUAGUGAGAUGUUCUGA